UUUAAUUAAGUACGAUCUUUUUUGCGCAGUGCUGAUUUUGAUCGUCAGGCGACAACCAAUUUUUUGGUUGAGUUUUAAACUGCUGAAACAUUGGAAUUAACAGCAACGUCUCUUCCCGAUAAAUACAAGGCAGCAGCAUUGGAAUUUGAAACAACGCAUGCACCGUCGUCUAAAUAAUGGCAUGGGAACUUGUUCAACGCCGCCUAAAUGUAUUCUCAAGUUUUAAUGCCAUCUUCACUGAAGACUAAACGCCUUCCUGAGUCAUGUAGUAGUACUGAGUUUAUAUAUGCACGUACCCCCGACUUCUGUUUCGUUGCACUCCACGCCAUGGCCAACUACUCAUCUUCAUUCUGAAGCACUCCUCCAGGUUACAGCCACACGCCCAACCUCCGUUUCAUUCCAUUCCAUGCCAUGGCCAACAGCUCGCCUUCCUCUGUCAACAAGCACAUAUCCGAGACCUCGUCGAGAUGCCGGACAGAGUGUGUCGCCACCGCCCACAACUUCGAGGUGACUGAGUAUUCGCUGCUCGAGGGUAUGGGUAUCGACAAGUUCGUUAGCUCCAGCACAUUCAGCGUCGGCGGCUAUGACUGGAACAUCAGGAUCUACCCUGAUGGGUGGAACUGGAAGGAAGAAGACAAAGGUGCCUACAUGUCUGUCUUCUUGCGCAUCUGCAGUAAGCCAACAACGGGUGUCAAGGUGAAGUACACAUUCAGUUUAUUGGAGAAAGAUGGAAAAGUUAGUUGUCUGUACAGCGAAACACAUACCUUUCAGUCCGGUUUUUGGGGCUGCCCCAAGUUUAUUGAGAAGUCCAAGCUGAAGGAACUGCUAUCCCGCAAUGACGACUGCUUCACGCUCAGGUGCGUUUUGACCGUGAUGAAAGAGCCUCGCACUGAAGAUGUAAGCACAGUCAUAGUCCAAGUGCCGCAGUCAAACCUGCACACACACUUUGUGAACAUGCUGAAGGACGGAGAAGGCAUGGAUGUGACGUUCAGUGUCGGCGGCCAACAGUUCAGUGCACAUAGAUGCGUGUUAGCCGCGCGAUCCUUGGUGUUCAAGGCCGAGCUCUUUGGUCAGAUGAAGGAGACCGCCAUGAAACACAUCAAGAUCGAUGACAUGGAUCCUUCUGUAUUCGAGGCACUUCUGCACUUCAUAUACACUGAUUCUCUGCCAAGCGACUCGGAUCUGGAUCGGAAUGUGGAAUUGCAGCACUUGUUGGUUGCCGCAGAUCGGUACGGACUGGACCAGCUGAAGGCUAUGUGUGAAGGGAAGCUAUGCCAGAAAAUCGAUGUGCAAACAGUGGCAACCACCCUUGCUUUAGCAGAGCAGCACCACGCCGCGCAACACAAGGAUGCUUGUCUCAGACACCUUUCUUCACAGGAGGUGCUUCGAGCUGUCAAAGAGACUGAUGGAUUCAAGCACCUCACAGCAAGCUGCCCAUGGAUCAUGAUGGACAUUUUAGAGAAGGUCGCGCCACCGUCAGGAGCAUGAGCAGUCUGGCUCUGGAUUUUUGCUUAAAGUUUGGAUCUGCAGUAGUGUCCCAUUUUGAUUUUCUUAUCAUGUGUCUUGUGUGUCGGUUGCAGAACUGAACUUGUCUUCCAGAAUGUGUACUCUGUGCUCUUGACAUUUGAACUAAAAGUUCUGAGAGAUUUCGCAUGGUUAUUUCUUUCAUUUCUGUUGCGUUGUUUUCUUUCUCCCUUAGUUUUGGUAGUGAACUUUCCUGUAGAACCAAAUGUAGAAGGUUUGCAUGGUCUGACAUAAAAUGGAUACUGGACUGAAGUUCUGAACCUGAACUUAUUUGCUGUACCAGAGUCCCUUGCACUUCCAGCUAUUCGAAGUUUCAUCUGCCUGGUUUUGUUAAUCCAGGCCAAAUUGAAACGAAACUCUCGAGGUUUAGGAGCUUCAAAGCAAAGGGUCGUGAUCUGAAAUUUCCCGAACCAGUUUCCUGACAGAGACCAUAGGAAAAAGUUCCUCCCACCCUUCAGACAUCAAGAUACGAUCCAAUUUUUCUAGGGUAGGAUGAGCUUGGUUGUUAGUCCAAGUGUAUUUCCCCCCACUAAUAUAGAUUUCUCUAAGGGCCAAAGCAUUGAUGAUGGAAUUGAAGAUAUCAGUUGCUCUAUUAUUCUGCAUCUUUCUAUUUUUCUCAUCACCAUGCCGCAGGAUAUUAAAAUCACCCCCUACAAUGUAAGGA